UAACAACAUAAUUAAAGUAAAAAUUUAAUAAUCAAUGAUAGUUUAAAAUGAUCAUGUAUAACUCAAUUCUACCACUAUUACUAUGGUCAUUUAUGGCCGGAGUUACCUACAGCAGUGAUUACGAUUGCCAAGCAACCUAUGUUAACGGCAAUAGCGGCAUAUGUGUGCCAAACCCGACUUGUUGUAAGGGUACGGCACAGCCUAACGUAUGCUUCAAUAAUAACUAUUGUUGUUGGGGCACUUACGACUGUCGGGCAACUACUGUCCCAAACCCAUCGGCUUACUGCCCGACCAUAAAGGCCAGAGCCUCGUGGAAAGCUAUGAAUGCAAAACAAUCUCAGGCGCCCCUAACGCCGGUGCGGCACGUGUUCAUACAUCACACAAACACCGCCGCGUGUCCUGACUCGCAAAAUGGCUGCUGGUAUGCCGUACGUACCAUACAGAGUACCCAGAUGCGUUUACAGGGCGCUGUUGAUAUCAAGUGGAAUUUCUUAAUAGGUGGUGACGGUCAAGUGUAUGAAGGUACCGGAUGGACUCUGCAAUCAUCAGAUCUACCAUGGUGGGAUCAGAAGUCAUUGAGCAUCGCAUUUGUGGGCAACUAUAAUAACGUGCGGCCCAGCGAUCAGAUGAUGAGCGCAUUGAAUAAUCUGUUGAGUUGUGGUGUGAGUCGUGGGUAUAUUCAGUACGAUUAUCAACUACACGGACACAGGGAUGUCGAUCCAGGUGUCACCUGUCCCGGCAAUGCCCUCUACAAUGCCAUACUUUAUACGCCUUACUUUAGAGCCGGUCCCGUCGAUCCCAAUUAUUAAACUGAAC